GUUAUCGAUUACAAAGCACACUGCACAGCAGCAGAGCAAAAGAAAGAAAAACGCUAAAAGAAAAAGAAGAAGCAGAAGAUUGGUUAGUAAUAAUCGUGCACUUUUACGCAAUUGAGCGAAGAAACUGGGUAAGUCGGAGGGUCUGGCGAAAAAGUCAGUGGAGGCGGUUCAAUGUUUGCUGGGUGAGGAUCAGCAGCAGCAGCAGCAGCACUCGACCCGCGGCGGCAAAAUGCGGGACAGCGUGAAGAACCUUCUGCGGCAGAUCAAGGACCUGCGGGGCGGCGGCCAGGUCAAGCAGAGUGACCAGGUAGAGCUGCCGAGCCAGUCGGAGCCGAUCGCGGCCGCGUCCGACCUCAACAGGGUCGACGACCUUUCGCACGACUUCUUCUCCGAGGACGGCGACGACGAGGUGCUGACGGGCAACUCGAAGCGCUGCCUCAUCGUGGUGGGCUCGCUGUUCGUGUUGUGCUGCCUGGCCCUGCCCACGGCCAUCAUCGCGCACCACAUGCUGGCCGCCGGCCGCACCCUCAACACGGCGGCCAACGGCGACCACUACUACGCCGACUGCAAGUUCUUCGGUGACCUGCGUCUGCAGAACCAGAAGUACCUGCGCAAGAAGCUCGCGCCGCCCUCCAACUACGACGACAUCGAGGAGCCCCUCGCCCUGCCCGUCGAGAAGGAGGUCCCGGUGGCCCUCGGGGCCCCGCCCAGGGCCACUCUCUGCGCAAACACACCCCCGGAGCUCAUGUUCGACUGCUACCCUGAGAGCGGCGCCACCAAGGACAAGUGCGAGGCCAGGGGCUGCUGCUGGGUCCCCAGAAGGCUCGCCAGCCCCCGCGGUGAAAACCACCACAAGAGCCUGGAGGUGCCGUACUGCUUCUUCCCUCGCAACUUCGGCGGCUACAAGUACGUCAACGUGACCGAGGCCCAGUGGGGGCUGACGGCCUACAUGAAGAGGGAAUUUUUCUCUCCAUACCCUGAGGACAUCCCUAUCCUCAGGAUGGACAUCAAAAUGGAGACCAAGGAGAGGCUGCGCAUCAAGAUUUACGAUCCUCACCACAACCGGUUUGAGCCUCCGUACCCAGAAGUGCCAAAGGUCAAGGGCAAAUUCCCCAAGAGAGAUUACGAAGUGGUCAUUGACCCCUCGCACUCGGGCUUCAAGGUCAUCCGAAAGAAAACAAACUGCACAAUUUUUGACACUGCCUCCACCGAGGGUUUCACUUUCGCCAACCAGUUUCUGCAAAUCUCGUCCUUGCUGCCCUCAGACUUUAUCUACGGCCUGGGCGAGCACCGCUCCACCCUCAGACUGUCCACUCACUGGGAGCGCUUCACCCUUUUCACACAUGACUCUGUCCCGCAAGAGAGAACCAAUUUGUACGGGAGCCACCCAUUCUACAUGGUUUUGGAGAAGUCUGGCAAGAGCCACGGAGUUUUCCUCCUCAACAGCAAUGCCAUGGACGUCAUUCUGCAACCAGCGCCGGCAAUCACCUUCAGAGCUAUCGGAGGAAUUUUGGACUUUUACUUUUUCAUGGGUCCGACACCUUCGAAUGUUGUGGCUCAGUACACAGAGGUCAUCGGCCGGCCAUACAUGCCUCCGUACUGGGGCCUCGGCUACCACCAGUGCAGAUUUGGCUACAAGACCCUGGAGAAGACCAAGCAAGUCCUGCAAAGAACCAUUGACGCAGGCAUUCCAAUUGACACUCAGUGGAAUGACUUGGAUUACAUGCAGAGGGGCAACGACUUCACCUGGGACAAUGAACUGUUCGCUCAACUGCCCGAGUUCAUUAAUGACUUGCACAAGGCUGGGCGUCACUACAUUCCUCUGAUUGACGCUGGAAUCGCCUCUGGAGAACCAGCAGGAAGCUACGCCCCGUACGAGAGAGGAAUCGAGUUGGACAUUUUCAUCAAGAACCAGUCAGAUCUGCCCUUUGUUGGCAAGGUUUGGAAUAAGUAUGCAACCGUCUGGCCCGACUUUACCAAUCCGCAGACGGUCAACUACUGGCUAGACGAACUCAAACUCCUGCACAACCAAAUCAAGUUUGACGGGGCUUGGAUUGACAUGAAUGAACCUUCCAACUUCUAUGACGGGCAGAAGGACGGAUGUCCUGACAACCAGUGGGAGAAUCCACCAUACCUGCCAGCUGUCCAGGGAGGAAAGUUGAGCUAUAAAACUGUGUGCAUGUCUGCAGUGCAGCACGCAGGUCUGCACUACGACGUGCACAACCUGUUUGGCUUCACCGAAUCCAUGCUCACCAGCUUCGCCAUGGCUGAGAUCAGGGAGAGGCGACCCUUUGUCAUCUCAAGGUCCACCUUCGCCGGUCAGGGUCACUAUGCCGGCCACUGGAGUGGGGAUGUUUACUCCACCUGGUACGACAUGCGCAAGACUCUUCCCCAGCUUCUGAGCUUCAGCAUGUUUGGUGUUCCGCUGAUGGGCGCUGACAUUUGCGGCUUCAAUGGCAACACGACAGCCGCUCUGUGUCAGCGCUGGGUGCAGCUCGGCGCCUUCUACCCCUUCUCGAGAAACCACAACACCGAUGACGGAAUCGAACAAGACCCAGUGGCCCUGGGACCUGAGGUGGCUGAGUCGGCGCGGAAGGCGCUGCUGGUGCGCUACUCGCUGCUUCCCUACCUGUACGGCCUCUUUUGGCAGGCGCACGUCCGAGGCGCAACAGUCGCCAGACCCCUCUUCUUUGAGUUCCCCUUUGACACGCAGACCUAUGACAUUGACGAGCAGUUCUUGUGGGGCGCGGCCAUCAUGUUCGUCCCAAUUCUAGAUGAAGGCAAGACGUCUGUUUCUGCUUACCUUCCCACGGGCACUUGGUACAACUUCCAUGACCUGCAGCUGCUGCAUUCGGGCAAUGGCGAGUGGCUCCAACUUGCAGCGCCCCUCAGCAUCAUUCCCAUUGUCCUGCGCGGAGGCCACAUCAUCCCCACGCAGGCGGCCAACCUCACCACCAUUGACAGCCGAAAGAAUCCUGUUGAGUUGCUGGUGGUUCCGGACAGUGAGGGUGCCGCCUCUGGAUUCAUGUACUGGGACGACGGCGACUCCCUCAACACUUUCGAGGAGGGCCACUUCAGCCUGGCCAACUUCACCUCAGGGUGGGGAUGGCUGCAGAGCACCCCACAGUGGUGGGGCUACCAGGAGCGUCUGGUCCUCGGCAAGGUCACCUUCGUGGGCGUGGCCUCCAACGUGACCUUGGUCACCCUCAACGGAAAGGCGGCCGAGUUCACCUGCGACUUGGCCAAUAAGCUGCUGAUUGUGGAGGAAAUCAACGUGGCCCUGAGUUCGCCCAUUUCGAUCCACUGGAAGUAGAAUUUUCCGUAACUAACUAAUAUGCUCAGUGUAUUUAAUGGAGGAGCCGUCGAAGGAUGGAUUUGUGCCAUGCUUAGCUUUUAGUUGAUUCUUUUUUAAUCUCGAGAUCUUGCGUGGUAGGUGUAUAUGUAGUUGUUAAGGUCAGGCCCUGGCUGGCAUAAAGUGUAUUCGGAAAACUAGGGACAGCCAAGCGACUUUUCUUGCUAACACUUCUCUGCACGAAAGUGAAACAAGACUGAUUUAUAAAUUUAAGAUUGCACUUUAUGACAGCUGUUCCUGAAACGAGGCUCACUGUUUGUCGACCUAACUGGAAUAUGCAGAUCUUAUUAUGAAAAAAAAAAAUAAACGAAUUUACGAGCUGUUACCUGUUGACUAAGAAAGGAAAAAAUGGAAACGGUUGUAUUCAGAAUAUUCAAGUGAGUCUGCUGGUUGUAAAGUUAAUUGCAGGGAUAUUGUCAAACUUGUUCAAUUAAAGAAAACGCUUUUUACGAAGAAGAAAAAAAAUGUCCAAAAGUGGGCCGGUGCCAUCAUUGAUUUGCAAUCAGAGUACUGCAUUUUUGUGAUUUUAUUAAUUAGCCGUAACGAUUACGAGUAAAUUUAAGUUGCCUGUCGGACUUUUUUAAAUUAAAACAUUGGUCGAUCCCGGAAUAAAUGGAAAAA